UGUAUCACUGACAAUUAGGAUAGCAGAUCCAACAACCAUCUCUUUGGUUCUCAUCCCAUCUCAUUGCUUCUCCUUCCUGUUGGUUCCAUGCAGUAGUCAUCAUCUCUCAUCAUUCUUGUGAUCAUAGAAGUCAUGGGUCCAAGAAUCAGGAGAAAGAACCGUGUGUGCUUGGCGCAGCCACUGACACCUCUGGUGGAAGGUCCUGACCUUGAUGAUGCACAUGGAGAAAGAGCCAAGAAGGAGAAGUACUGGGAAUCCAUUGGAACAUGGCUGCGACUGCACAAGGAUAAAGGCAUGUCAGGGAGCCAUUUCUCGAUUCCAUUCCAUGGGAGCGGCGCAUCGAAGUGGACCGAUCUGAAGCUAAUUCUUAGUGUCUUGGGGUGUCCAUUAGCUCCACUGCCACUGACUACUGAACCAAGUCACCACUUCUCCUUCAAAGACAGUCCCAUAGAAGCUUCUUCAGCUCGUUAUAUCAUUCAGCAAUACUUGGCAGCAACAGGAUGCUUGAAACACCAUGAGUACAUGAAGAGCAUGUAUGCAGCUGGUAGGGUGAAGAUGGUCUCUCGUGAGACUGAUGGUCCAUCAGGGAAGAUUGGUGCAAGAUCAGGUGCAGGACAUGGCUGCUUCGUCUUGUGGCAGAAGUCGCCCGGAAUGUGGCUGGUGGAGCUGGUGGUGGCCGGCUGCAAGGUGGCCGCCGGCAGCAACGGUAAGGUGGCGUGGAGGAACGUGCCUUGGCUUGGAACAGACGCAGCCAGAGGCCCCCAGCGGCCGCUGCGACGCAUCAUUCAGGGAUUGGAUCCAAAGGGCACAGCGAGCAUGUUCACCAAAGCCCGGUGUCUCGGGGAGAAGCGCAUCAAGGAUGAGAACUGCUUCGUCUUAAAAGUAUCAGCAGAUCGAGCUACGGUUGCAGAGAGAAGCGAUGGGCCAGCUGAGGUGAUCAGGCACGUCCUCUAUGGAUACUUCAGCCAGAGGAGCGGCCUGCUCGUCUACAUCGAGGACUCCCACCUCACAAGAGUGCAAGCCCCGGGCUCCGACACCAUGUACUGGGAGACCACCAUCGGAAGCACCAUGGGGGACUACAAGGAGGUGGAUGGCGUCCUUGUGGCUCAUCAAGGGAGGUCUGCUGCAAGUGUUUUCCGCUUCGGCGAUGCGUCUGCCCAAAGCAGCAGGAUAAGAAUGGAAGAGGAGUGGAGGAUUGAGGAUGUAGUCUUCAAUGUUGCAGGGCUUUCGGCUGACUGCUUCAUCCCCCCCAGGGAGAUGUUGACCAACUUCCACGGCAAAUGAUCACUGCAAAUGCUCAGCUUUACAAUCUGGAUGUGGAAAAGGAUCUCAACACGUCUCUGUGACAUCAAAACUGUCAAUGGCAAGAACAGGGGAUUAUAUCUUCUUGCCAUAAUUGCAGCUUCUUGAUUGAGUACAUGAUUUGUUUCUUUGAGAAGGAUUAAUACCACCUAAUUGUCUCUUUUUCUUAGAAGAAAAA